AUGGACGCCAUCCACAACUUCGGCCUUGCAGCUCGCAGAAUACAUGUGAACUCUAAUGCCACAUGUGAUAUGCCUACACAUCUCUACGAAGAUGCCACGGAACCGUUUGUGGGCAAGUUGAGCUUCUACCAUUUCAACAUGAUUCUAUCUGGUAGCUGUACGGCAGUGACCUUUGUGGCGGUCUUUGCAUUGAUGUCCCUCCACGCCAAUCGACUAAGCAAUCCUAAUGAACAGUUGAAAAUCAUGAGAAUCUGCACAAUGCUUCCACUGUAUUCAAUCUUCUCAUUCCUAUCUAUCUGUUUCCCUAACGCAUACGUUUACCUGAAUGGAUGGAUAGAAGUUUUCCAGGGAGUUGCGCUCUAUUCAUUUUUGAUGCUUCUUUGCGACUUUCUUGCUCCUAAUGAUCAGAGCCGGAUUUACUUUUUCUCUUCUCUUCAGAUUUCUGAAAGGUCGAAGAAGAGCGAAACAACAAAUGGCCUGACUUGGCUUCGGAAAACUUGGUACAAGGUGAUUCAGUACCCAAUUAUCGCAUUCAUUAUUGCUAUUAUUGAAUGUAUCACUCAAUCAAGGGGGGUUUAUUGCCUUGGAGGCCAUAGCGUCAAAUUCGCUCAUAUCUGGCUCAACAUCAUCCAGCUCAUUUCUGUUUUCCUGGCUAUUUCUUCGAUUCUUCGGUUUUACAAGAAUACGAAAUCUUAUAUGCAAGAGCAGAAGCCACUCACAAAACUGCUGGCCUUCAAACUCAUUGUUGGCCUAGUUUUUCUAGAAAAGAUCAUUUUUACUGCCCUCGAAACUAAAAAUGUCCUCAGCACAUCUUCGACAAUGACCUAUGCAGACCUCCAUAUCGGCCUCCCUACAAUGAUUAUUUGCAUUCAAAUGGUCCCUUUUGCAUUCUUCUUCCACUACGCCUACGGUACAGGCCAUUACAUUAUUACAGGAUCCUCCGCACCUUUCCAGAUGUCACAGCAAUAUAUUGCUGUAGACUCUAAUGUUGAAAGUGGCGAAGACCACCAGAGAAGAUAUCAGGGUGGUCCUCUGGGAAUCUAUGCUUGGAUUGCGCUUAUCAAUCCGGUGAAUUUCUUCAGUGAAAUCAAGUCAGCGCAAGCUUUGCUGCGUGGUGGUGAUAGUAUGUCGAUGGAUAAUGCAAGAUAA